UGAAGGUUUUUUUUUCUUUUUCUUGUAAUAUUUACGAAAAACCAACUGCAAAACUGAUAACUGUUUAUGAACAUUAUGAACAAUAAAUUUAACUUGAAAGUGAUAUAUGGGUUAAGUAGGCCAAUUGCUGUCAAUGUGAAUGAACUAAUCGUUUCAAUUUCGACACAUUCAAUAGAGAACUGUCAAGCAAAGAAAUCGAAUUUAAGACAAUCGCAUAGAAUUUUAGCAGAAAAAAAGUGUUCAAUUUUAAAUAUAUCAUAACAGAAACGUAUUGCAGUUACAUUUGAAAACUGUACAAUUGUUUGAAAAAAAAAACUUCAUCAUCGUAUCUCUUCGAAACGGAAAUUAGGAAAAAAGUAAUGAAUUGCAUAAAAUGAAGCGAUUUAAUUUUCUUUUGUGCAAAGAUUCAACGAAAAAUGGGCGGAUUUAUGUUAAAAGUGAAAACAAAACAAGGUCAUCAUGUUGUAAAUAAUUUAUCGGCAGAUGAAACAAUUGGUAAUUUAAAAUCGAAAAUUUCGGAACUGACAAGUAUACCCGCCGAAGGGCUUAGCGUUAAAAUUGGUUUCCCACCAAAACCACUCGAUUUAUCGGCAAAUGAAUGUUUGCUGUCAGCGUCAGGUAUUAUCAAUGGUGAUACAUUGAUUGUUGAAGAAAAACCGAUACCAGAUGUAGUGCCGCAACAACAACAACGAAACAAUUUGCAACUAGAUGAUAUUCCAUCAACCAACCAAGAAGUGACUUUACCAACAGAAGGAAUAUUAUUGAAACAAGUCGUUCCAUCCGACAACAGCUGUUUAUUUACAAGUAUAGGUUACGUAAUGAAAGGCCAAAUCGAUACAGAAAUCGGAAGCUAUUUGCGUGAAGUUAUUUCUCAGCAUGUUUCAAACGAUAAAGAAACAUUCAAUGAAGCCAUGUUGGGAAAAACAAAUGCCGAAUAUUGUGAUUGGAUCAAAAAGCCAGCCUCUUGGGGUGGUGCCAUCGAAGUAUCAAUCUUAUCCAACUAUUAUGGCGUUGAAAUUGAUGUUGUCGACAUAACGAAUGCUUUGAUCAAUCGAUUUGGAGAAGAUAAGGCGUAUGGAAUGCGGGUAUUUUUAUUAUUUGAUGGCAUUCAUUAUGAUCCGUUGUAUUUGGAAUCGAUUUCGGGUGGUCCACCAAAAACAAUGUUUCCAAUUGAAGAUGAAUCAGUUUAUCGGCAAGCUGAACAAUUAGCAAAAGAGGCCCAAUCAUCUAGACAAUUCACCGAUGUUGAUAAAUUCGAUUUGAAAUGCAUUCAAUGCGAUAUGCUUUUAAAAGGACAAGUGCAAGCUCAACAACACGCCAAAACUACGGGUCAUACUAAUUUUGGUGAAGUGUAGACGUAUUUGCGGUUGGCCGGUGUGUACAAGUUUUUGCGUAGCGUUUAUUUUUUCUCCUGUUUUUUUUUUCGUUCAUUUAAUAGCGUUCAGCUCAUCAACGACUUGAGCGUAAAAUUUAUUUUCAUUCGUUGUCAAAAAUACAGUAAUUUUAAAAACUUUUUUAAGAAAAUUCGAACCCUAACAGAAAAUUGUAUAGAAUAUUUGAAAAAAGAAGAAAAUUUGUAUCUAAAAUCCACUGCAAUUGAAAUGAAAUUUCAGGCACAUAAUGUGUAUCAAAACAUUUCUUUAUUCAAUCCAAAAUUAUCAAAUUAAUGCUGGAUGCUAAAAGCAAAAAAAAAAUUUAAAAAAUGUUUCACAAUUUAGCAAUUUUUAUUAGACUUUUUUUGGUCAUUAUUUAUUGAAGUACUUUAAAUCAGAGUAUUGCUCAGCGCUGCUGCCAUCCACAGCAUAUUAAAAUAUCUUGCUGAGAAUGCGUCGUCCG